UAUUGGUAACCUUGGGGAGAAAGAAAGCUCUCCGAGUCGAUAUAAUACUUUAUAUGAGAGAGAGAGAGAGAGAGAGAGAGAGAGAGAGAGUAUAUACUUACCCCAUACUAGCAGCACACCUCAUUACUUGAAGGAGAAGAAGAAGAGAACGAGGGGAAGGGGACGGGAUUCGAAGUACAUAAGAUUGAAAGAGAGGAGGCCUCGGAAGGUAUUUGAGUGUUGGGUUAGGAAGAUGUUUAGAAACCAGUACGACACAGACGUCACUACAUGGAGCCCCGCGGGGCGGCUCUUUCAGGUGGAAUACGCAAUGGAGGCCGUGAAGCAAGGGUCCGCCGCCAUUGGUCUCCGAUCGAAAACCCACGUGGUGUUGGCUAGCGUUAACAAGGCCAAUUCGGAGCUCUCCUCUCACCAGAAGAAGAUCUUCAAGGUCGAUGAUCAUAUCGGUGUUGCUAUCGCCGGCCUCACCGCCGACGGAAGAGUCCUUUCCAGGUAUCUUCGAUCCGAAUGCAUCAAUUACAGCUUCGCUUACGAGUCUCCUCUUCCCGUGGGAAGAUUGGUCGUUCAACUUGCCGACAAGGCCCAGGUUUGCACACAGCGGUCUUGGAAACGGCCAUAUGGUGUGGGUUUGCUGGUUGCUGGGUUGGAUGAAUCUGGGGCUCACCUAUACUACAACUGUCCAAGUGGGAACUACUUUGAAUAUCAGGCUUUUGCCAUUGGAUCUCGCUCUCAGGCGGCAAAGACUUAUUUGGAGCGUAAGUUUGAGACCUUCAUGAACUCAUCUCGGGAAGAUCUGAUUAAGGAUGCACUGUUUGCAAUCAAGGAAACAUUACAAGGUGAGAAGCUUACCGGCUCUAUCUGCACUGUUGCUGUGCUUGGAGUAGGGGAGCCAUUUCACAUAAUGGAUCAGAAAACUAUACAAGAGUUGAUUGAAUCGUUGGAAGUGAAGGAGGAUGAGCCUGUAGCUGACCAGGGCACAGCCAUGCAGGAAGACCGGAGCCCAGAAGCAGCCCCCAUGGAUAUUUGAUGAUGCAAUUAAGUAGCAGUGUGGCCGCCUCCGCACUAAAAAUGCUUUAGGGAGUCCAAAGACAAUGGUAAUGAGAUGAUGUCAUUGACAAUUAGUGCUCCAGAUUCUGUUGUUGCGUUUCGUUGCUCUUCAUCUUCUUUGGUAAAAUUUUUUAUCUAUCCUUUGAAACACUAUUCUGCAUUUUGAAUUUGUCAGUGACAAAAAAUGAAAUACUAUUGUGGGUUCGUUGCCUUAUGAAGUCACUCCAGCUUAUUCUUAUUGGUUAGUAGCAACUUCACGUUGGUGUGGCACGCAGAGUAGAACGGAUAGACACAUUAGCAGUAUGUAUCUGAUGUGACUAAACUAUUUUGUGAAGCAAUGGUUGUUUGGAA